CAGCAGAUCUCUUUCUCAACGCGAUUGUGCAACAUCAUCAUCUAAACGGCAUUUGGUCAAAUAGAAUUUUCAGAUCUAGCCUUUUUCGCCUUAGCCAUCCUUCGCCGAUGCUUCCCCCCGACCCCGAUCAGCUGAGGCUGAACAGUGAAGACUCGAGGUCAACUCCAAUGAGAAUCCCUACGAUAUGCUGCUUGUUACGGGUGCCGACCUGCAAUGCAUCUUUCGACCUGGCACAGGCCAUUUUGCGACAACCCCGCAAGAUCGACAGAUGAUCUUGGGAUCCUACAUUCCUGAGCUCUGCUCUGGGUGUUUCAACCAGGCAUCCGAACCGCCAUUUAUACUCCCUGCUUCAUCCAAAGAUGCCUUCACUUCCAGGAUCAUGGUGGAAUCUUUCGUGCUUCAAAUUUUGCUGUACUAAGAGUACUUUUAACAGGUUUGCUGCAUGUAACCGCUGGGAGAAGGCAUUCUCGUGCGUGUACGAAGGUACGAGAGCUUCCUGCAUGUAUCGGCCCGGAUUUGUGUUCCCCUAAGCCACUACAUGGAGGAAGCGGAAGGCAAAAAGCUGUCCAGCGCUGCGUCUUCCCUACGUUCGAUGAAGCUCUCCUCGCGCUCAUUCUAUACCCAAUAUAUCGUUGGUUCUGAAGUAUCGACUGUUGUGAUAGCUCACAUUUUCUCUGCGUCUAUUGCAGAUGAAGUCUCGUCUAGAAGCAAACUAUGCGGCAUAUUUCCUUUAGUGACGGGACUGGCUGUAUACUCAUUUGGCCUAGAAAAUCCUGCGUAAUGGCAUUGCUUAGAAUGUUACUCAGAGAUCCACAUCCAUGUCGGACCCAUUCUCUCCUACUUGGAUUCUUCUGAGAGAUGCUCCUUCGUGUUGGAGUUUGGAUUUCGAAUGCUACACGCAUCCUUAGGUUCAAGUAGGCAACCGCCGUGCAUGUUGUCAAGCACGCGAAUGGGAAUUACGGGUUUUCAAGUUGACAUUCACAACUGCCUCUGACGCAAGUUCGGUGUGUGUAACCGUCUCAAGUGAGGUGGGCUGGAUUUCAGACUGGCACUAUUCUAACCUUCGCUCCUCUCAACUUUCUUGAUUCCAAAGUAUGUCCUACCAGCAUCACCGCGUGAUACGUUCAGAUAUACUGUACCAUCACGGGGACCCGUCCAUUUCUUGUGUUAGCACUCCUCACUUUCGUCUUGAAUUUCCGUACUUGUUUUGUUGUUGGGAUUGGGUACAUACUCUAGAAUCACAAUGUUGCUUCAAAAGACUGGCUGGCACAUUAAGCAUUUCAUUUCGCCCAAGAAAAAAUCAAGGCAGGAAAAAUCUGGUUACCAUCUGGACGGUGUCCGUCUCCCGAAGACUAAAUUACCCACAAGCACGCCCAAGAGACUCUCCUGGCUUUCACAGACAUCUCUAUCGGACUCUCCGCCACUUCGCCGAGCAAGUAGUAAUGCGACAACGAGAAGUCAUCGGUUAACUCAAUCGAACUCGACUGGUCAUUCAUCAGCAACCUCUUUGUGCAGUUGCGACUGCGAAGCCAAUCCGGCACCGAUUGAACAUGCUUUGUUUGGAGUUGAGCCGCCACCCCCUCUUCCAGAGAUUCUUUAUCUGCCACCUACGUCGUCAGAAGAUGCUUCUCCAGACUCAAAAGCAUGGCGACUUAUAUUCCAGGAACCCUUCUCGCGACCCUUGACACCAGCUGAGCUGUGCCUUGGAAAAACGAUUGCUCUAACACCUUAUUUCGCGACCGGGUUCGUGUUCGAUGAUAUCGUUGGAGCUAUUUCACCUGGUUUGAUUGACGAUGACAAGACCCCUACCCAGAGCCUUAGAUUUACUGGAGAAUCAGACAUGGAUGAUCUGUCAGAGAAUGUCGAGCAGUUGAUUCGAGAAACGGACGAGGCCUUCAAGGCUGUUGGUAGCGCUCUGGCGGAUGCCAAAGCUGCGAGUCAAGGAUGGCCCGCACCGACCCGACCUGCACCGUUGCGACCAGAGUCAAUCACCCGCGGAGUAUUGAAAGAGAAGCAAGUGUCACCACUGCGAUCUGCCUCAGUAUCGAAGAGCAAGAAGAAGAGACCAAUCAAGAAGAAAUCGAACAUCUUCGGAAGGAAGACUUCUAAAGCCCCGCCGCCACCAGCAAAUACACCAGCUCGCUGGACACUAACUGAUGUCACCACAAACAUGGCAGAUGUGUUCAGCGGCAAGUUAUUCAGGACGGAGGUCGACGAGAUGUUGACACCGGAUCGAAUCCAGCAGAUUCUGAAAGACAAAGCCGAGACCGCAAGGAAGAUAUCCAUGGAAUCAUGUCGUAGUUUCGACACAGGUGGUAGCACACCGACAGAACCAUUUCAUUUAGAGGGUCUAAGCUCUCGCAUCACAGCUGCACAGGAGGAUCCGCCGCCCUGUCCAAGUCCAGUUCUCCCUCCGUCAGUAACCCCACAAGCGAGUCCGCGCGCAUCGAUGAAAACACCACCACCCAGACCAGCAAGACCUGAUGAGUUCCCCAAUCAUUCCAGAUCAGGAAUGGUGUUUGACAACGUUUCUUUCCCGCCGCCACCAGUUCCUCCUCGUGCAGGACGUCGAUCUUCGGCAUCCAGAACUGCCUCUCUGCUACCAACCAUUCCAGAGACAUCCCCUCCGGAUAACUCGCUGACACAACUAAUCAGCUCAGGAUCAACCACAAACUCCUCGCGACCUUCGCUCGUGAUACAGUUACCUCCUAAAUAUACAUUUCUACCCUCCACGAACUUCACAUCAGCAUCGCCAUUCUUCUGCCACGGACCCAUUCGUCUCGACCGUCUACUCUGCGACAACAAAGGCUCAAGUCCAGAAGAAGAAGCGUUGGACUGGAUAGCAUUCCAGAUGGCCAUAGCCGGAACAAUAGAGCUAGAUCAGUACUUUGGUGACCAAAGAGAUGAUGCACAAUGGGAGUCUGACGAAGCGGAAAUCGAUGAUCUUAUAAACUGGUGGAACAGUUUUGGAUUGGGCGGUUAUGGGAGGAUGGAAGGCGAAGAAGACGUAAGGGAGAAAGAUGGUCCUGCUUCUCUCCCUAAUCCUGUCACCGUUUCUGCUGUCAACAAAGAGCAUAGAGAGCAGAAGGUUCCAGAGAAGGAAGUACUUGAUCGAGGUCAUUCUUCAUACCAUCAAGCACGAACCUGGCGAACAUGGACCGAUACUCCACCUCCACCCAUCCCACGGCCACGCAUUUCCAGCGCCAGACCUCGCCCUAUCAAUUGGAAGUCGCAUACUGAGCUAAUAGACACAUCCAAAAUUCCUCUCAAUACAUCAUUGACCCAGCCUCGUCCACCCCAGAUUUCACGGUUAACUAUUCCACCAGAGCCACCGCGGAGACCAUCUUUGGCUGAAAGUUUGCUAAGUUUACCACCGAGUCCGAUGCAGAAUCUUGUAGUGUCGAAUACGCCUGGGAAAGACGACGAUAUGCCAAUUCCGAUGGGUUUUAAUCUUGGACAUGAUUUGGGGGAUUUUUUGAGUUGGGAGGCGAGACAUGUACAGAAUUUGUAUUCGGAAAAGUAGAAUAGAAUGGAAGGCACCGUUGUUGAUUUGCCUUUUACACUGAG